AUGCAGAGUUCAAAAAAACACAAUUUAAUUCUUAUAGGAGCUCCGGGAAGUGGAAAAGGUACCCAAUGCGAAUUCAUUAAGAAUGAGUACGGACUGGCCCACUUAUCUACUGGUGACAUGCUUAGAGAAGCAAUAAAAAAUGGUACGAAGAUUGGCCUAGAGGCUAAAAGUAUCAUGGAUUCGGGGAAAUUUGUUGGAGAUGAUAUUGUACUUGGAUUAGUUAAGGAGAAGUUUGAUUCGGGAGUGUGUGUAAAUGGGUUUGUCUUGGAUGGAUUUCCAAGAACAAUUCUCCAAGCUGAGGGCUUAGCAAAAAUAUUGAGUGAAAUUGGAGACUCCCUAACUCAUGUAAUUUAUUUUGAUAUCGAUGAUUCAGAAAUUAUUGAAAGAAUCUCAGGAAGAUGUACUCACCCACCAUCCGGUAGAAUUUACCAUGUAAAGUUUAAUCCACCCAAACAACCAGGUAUAGAUGAUGCUACAGGUGAGCCUCUUGUGUGGAGGGAGGAUGACAAUGCAGAAGCUGUAAAGGUCCGUCUUGAUAUAUUCCACAAACAGACCGCACCAUUGGUGAAGUUUUAUGAGGAAUUGGGAAUCUUAAGAAAGGUGGAUGCAAAACUGCCUCCGAAGGAAGUUACGGAGCAGAUCAAAAAGAUCCUGGGAAAUUAG